ACAUCUUUAUGCUGAUAUGGAACCUGGUUGAUGUGGUGUCGUCGUGAUAUCCUUUUAGACUUAUUUUAUUGAAUUGGGAUCUGCAUUUAGCUCAUUUUAUCAUCAUCAAAGUUAAGGAAUCUUGAUUUGGGAAGCAUGGAUUAUGGUAACAAAAAGUGUAAGGAGAAUUCUAAGGAUUCUUGGAGGACAACACUGGUGUUAGCUUAUCAGAGUCUUGGAAUAGUGUAUGGAGACCUGAGCAUUUCGCCAAUUUAUGUCUACAAAAGCACAUUUGCAGAAGACAUUCGUCACUCAGAAACCAACGAAGAGAUUUUUGGUGUUCUUUCAUUUGUUUUCUGGACUUUGACUCUAGUUCCUUUGUUCAAAUACGUGUUCAUUGUUCUUCGAGCUGACGAUAAUGGCGAAGGUGGAACUUUUGCUCUUUAUUCCUCCAUAUGCCGGCAUGCUAAAGUAAGCAUGCUACCAAACCGACAAAUUGCUGAUGAAUCGCUCUCUACAUAUAAGUUGAAACAACCUCCAGAGAGGGAAAACAGGUCAAAGGUUAAAAUGUUGCUUGAGAAGCACAAACCUUUGCAUACAGCUUUACUAAUAUUGGUUCUUCUCGGAACUUGUAUGGUAAUUGGGGAUGGAGUCCUUACUCCCGUUAUAUCUGUUUUUUCUGCGGUUUCUGGGCUCGAGCUAUCAAUGUCCAAGAAACACCAUGAAUAUGCAGUGAUUCCAAUUACCUGCGUCAUUUUAGUGUGCCUAUUUGCACUACAGCAUUAUGGCACACAUCGAGUUGGUUCCUUUUUUGCUCCAAUCGUAUUGUUAUGGCUUCUAUGCAUCAGUGGGCUCGGGUUAUACAAUAUAUUUCAUUGGAACCAGCAUAUUUACAAAGCUCUAUCGCCUUAUUACAUGUACAAGUUUUUGAAGAAGACAAAAAAACAAGGGUGGAUGUCUUUGGGAGGAAUUUUAUUGUGCAUCACAGGUUCGGAAGCAAUGUUUGCUGAUCUUGGUCAUUUCUCGUACACUGCAAUCCAGAUUGCUUUCACCUUCCUCGUCUAUCCUGCGCUAAUUCUUGGUUAUAUGGGGCAAGCAGCUUACCUGUCAAAGCAUCACCAAAUUGCUCAUGACAUUAGUUAUUAUGUCUCAGUCCCAGAAAGUAUUAGGUGGCCUGUUCUUGUUAUAGCCGUUCUUGCUUCAGUUGUUGGGAGCCAAGCAAUCAUCAGUGGCACAUUCUCAAUCAUUAACCAGAGUCAGUCACUAGGUUGUUUUCCUAGGGUUAAGGUUGUCCAUACAUCGGACAAGAAACACGGUCAGAUUUACAUCCCCGAGAUCAACUGGAUACUUAUGAUCCUAUGCAUUGCUGUGACCGUUGGAUUCAGGGACACAAAACACAUGGGAAAUGCAUCAGGAUUGGCUGUUAUGGCAGUAAUGCUCGUUACAACUUGCCUGACAUCAUUAGUAAUUAUUCUUUGCUGGCAUAAACCACCAAUUUUAGCUCUUUGCUUCCUAUUUUUCUUUGGGUCCAUAGAACUACUCUACUUCUCAGCUUCUUUAGUCAAGUUUCGUGAAGGGGCAUGGCUCCCAAUCCUCUUAGCACUCUUUCUAGUUACCAUAAUGUUCGUGUGGCACUAUGCUACCACCAAAAAGUACGAAUAUGACCUUCAAAAUAAAGUCUCUUUAGAAUGGCUACUUGCAUUGGGGCCAAGUUUGGGCAUUUCACGUGUCCCUGGGAUUGGGCUUGUGUUUACGGAUCUUACCUCGGGCAUCCCGGCUAACUUUUCACGGUUUGUGACCAAUCUGCCUGCAUUUCACCGUAUUUUGGUGUUUGUGUGUGUGAAGUCUGUACCUGUUCCCUUUGUCCCUCGAGCUGAGAGAUACCUUAUGGGUCGUGUGGGACCUGCUUCUCUUAGAUCUUAUAGGUGUAUAGUGCGUUAUGGUUAUCGUGAUGUUCACCAGGAUGUGGAUUCAUUUGAGACUGAACUUGUUAACCACAUUGCUGAAUUCAUUCGUUAUGACUGGUGCCGCCCUGAACAGACUAAUGAUCCAGGAAACGAUGACGAAGGGCUUCCAUCAAGUAGGUCUUCAGGAGAGUACAGGCUUGCGGUAAUAGGGAGCUCAGACUUUUCUACAAGUCGGGCUUUUGAAGCAGAAGAAAGUAUGCAACAAGUUAGUGUAUCUGUCGGUUUUCCAACAAUUGAUAGCAUCACAGACAUAGUCCAGAUGGAGACACAAAACAAAGGAAGACGAGUGACAUUUGCUGUUGAUGAUGCUAGUUCUAAUGAUCCGAAAGACCUCCAAAUGAGUGAAGAACUUCAAGAUUUAUUGGAUGCUCAGCAAAGCGGGACUGCAUUUAUACUUGGUCACUCACAUGUGAAAGCGAAACAAGGAUCAUCAGUUUUUAAGAGGUUAGCUAUUGAUUUCGCAUAUAAUUUCCUCAGGCAGAAUUGUAGGGGACCAGAUGUGGCGUUGAAGGUCCCUCCGUCGUCGCUGUUGGAAGUUGGCAUGGUUUAUGUAGUAUAAAACUUACUAUGGAUAUAUCUAUAUAUUUCGUCUUAAUAGUUUAUGUUAAUAUUAAUGGAAGUCAUUUUGCUCGA